CACAGCAGCUGCCGUUGAUAAUUCAUUUUUGUUCUUAUUGUUUGGGUUGUAGUUUUAUUUUAGCGUUUAUUUUAUAUUCUAAUGGGACCGGAGGAAUGGGCAAGUCUGUAGCAUUAUUAUUCAGAUUUAAAAAUGAGACAAAACAGUUUUUAAGUCGAACAUCCAAUUCCACACGACUGGUCUAGGCAAAUCAAAGUUAGAGUCUAGUAUUUGGCAAUUAUUUGGGAUAAAACAAUACAAAAGAUAUGCAGAAAACGAAGAAAGAAGGUGAUUUUGAGAUGCUAGAAGCCAUGUAUGACUUCACCGGGACAAUUGCUCAUACGCUCAGUUUCAAGAGGGGUGACAAUUUCAUAUUCCACUCGGCUUCCAACUUAAAGCGGAACUGGUGGAGUGUUAUAGACUCGUUGGGGAAAAUUGGCUACAUACCGUCAAACUAUGUAUCAAUAAAUAAGGUGAGUAAAGGGAAGAUGUUGGAAUUCAUCACCUACGCCAUCGAAGAAUUGGACAAUGAGAUUUUAAAAGUGGGAGGAACGGAGAAACGGCUCGAUGUCAUGAGAGAACUCAAUUUGAAGAAACAGGAAAUUCUCGACAGCAAACAGAAAACCAACUCCAUCAAAGACAAACAUGCUGGCACGAGACAGUUGAAAAAUUCCACUACUCUAAAUGAAGAUCUCGUCAAGAAGACAGAAGAUCAGAAUCCCCCUUUAGCGAUGAGGGUGUCGGUUUCAGAAACAAAGUUUCCCGAUGGAAAAAGCGCAGAGAUUAAUUUAGAUGGGAAGAAUACGAGUAACAUUACUCCUCACAGCGCUUAUCUUUUAAUUCAGCAGGUUAGAAAUCAAACUGGGUUGAGUUUUGAAGGGUCGAGAAUUGCCGUAGGCGUUGUAGCCGAGGGUUUUUUGGAACUUUUGCCGUCUAAUUGUGUCCCAAGUUUGGAAUCGUUCUUGGAGUUGCUUCAAAACGAAAUAAUCCCGACCAGUGCAAUAAUCGACGACACGCAGGACGCACAGAACUUGUGUCAAAUACUGACACACCUGACUAAUGCAAGGGGCGACGCCCAGCAACGAUCUUGGCAUUUGUGGGACGAUGAGGCAACCAUCAAGAAAAAUAUUACACAGUUGUCAUCUAUCCUUAGCAACGCUGACCCGAUGAUAAGCAAAAGGGUUUUUAAAAAGAACAAUUUCGACGAUGUUCUUAUGCUUGUCGAUUAUUAUCAAAUGGAAGAUAGGUCGUCGAUCAGGCAGUUAUUAGUCCAAGCGUUUGCCGUGAUGUGCACUUUGGACAAAGUGAUUAUAAAUUUACUUUUAAAUUCAGUUUUACCGAUGGAACUUGGAAGGGAAAUGCAAAGCAAUUUUGCUUCGAGAUGUAAACUAUCCAAGCCUGCGCUGUUAUUAGCAAUGAUAUUUUCAACAGGAGAAGCCAUGCCAAUCACACAUCUAGAUCAACUAGGUGUAGACUUUGUUAAAAUGAUAUUGGAAGUCAUCGAGCUAGAACGAGGGUCUGAAAUAGCCGAUAAAAUGCUAACACUCAUCCUUUCAUAUAAUCUUCAGUUUAAGCACAAAUCGUCAGCGAACGUCAUCAUUCAGGCUCUUCAGGAAGUUACAUGUGCCAAAACGUUUUCAGAGAAGGUACUUCUUCUCAUCAAUAGAGAAGAGGACCCUCUUGCAAAGCUGAAAGCCCAUGAGUGCCCUUGCCAUUCAGUCCUCAAGCUUCUCAAGGAUCUGUUCUCCAAUACGGCCACUGCUGACUUAUUUUAUACAAAUGAUGUUAAAGUACUGAUAGAUAUUGUUGUAAGGCAAAUCACCGAUCUUCCACCUAACAAUAAGAAAAGGACUGAAUACUUAGAAUUGUGUAAGUUGAUACUUUACUGCUGUGAUUCACUAGCUUUCGAACAUCGUUUGUCCGAACUCAAGAAUGUUUUUUAUCACAUAUUGAAAGACGAAGUUCCACCGGUUGAAAAAGACAAAUCAAUAGUUCUGGAAAUAACCGAAGCUCUUCCGAAAAUUUUUGAGUGAAGUUGUCGCGAGACUGCAACCAAUUUGUGUCAUUCUGUCAUAACUUCAGAAUUCACAUCACACCAGAAGCUUCUCUAGGAAAGGCAUCUAGUAAGAGAGUCGUUUUCUUGAUUUUGAAGAGUAGCUGGAGAGCUGUUCUGAAAAUUUUAGACAGGAGAGCUUCUGGGAUGUCCAUACUGCACAUUUUUCAGGAAAAACACAAGGAAGCUGUAUUAAACUUGAGAAAAUAUUGAUUUUAAAACAAAUAAUAUUUGGCUAUAUAUCUACUAUCUUAUAUAUAGUAGAAACUGUUGCAUAAAUAGAUUUUUAUUUUAAAGAAACGGGUGGAUUUAAUUGAUUUUUUGACACAAAAACACAAUUGUAUUAGUUUCUAGUCAAGUGAAAAAAUAUUGGUGAAAGAGAUGAAAGUAUAUGUUUAGUGUUAUGUUAGUAACUAUUGACAACCAAAAAUUUUUAUAAUUAUCCUGUUCUUUGAAAUAAAAUGCUUAAAAAAAGUGCUUGCCUCACCUAGUGUCAUACCAGUCUUAUUAAGUUGUAUUUGUGCUCCUCUAAUUAAAUGUAGUGUUAAUUAAAAAUGUGAUAGAAAAGAAAAGUGAUCUUUGUGAGGUAUGUCGUACAAUUUGACUUGUGAACGAAUUACGAUUGUAUGUGACAUUCCCCAUAAAUUAAGAUUGGAUUUGUAAACUUAAAUUGUAAGGAUUUUGUUGAAAUAUGUGGGCAGAAAGUAUGACUAGGAUUUACAGCUUCAUUCGUUCUAUUAAUAUGUUAACUUGGUAGUUUUGUAUUUGUUAAAAUUAAUGCUAUUUAAAUGCUGUAAACCAAAUUUCAAGUACUUUUUGAAACAUCUUAAAUUGCACUGGUUUUUUUUCCUCUUGUCUGUGGUUUUUCAUUUCUUUUUUUCAUUUUUAAAUGUAUAACACCUAUAGGUAAUGUACCUUUUUCAAAAUGUAAUCAUUGUCUUAAGACAAGACACAUUUUUGAACUUAUAAUCCAACUUUAAAGCUUGUAAAACUCUUAAAACCAUCUUAUAUCUAACAACUCACUAUUUAUUUUUUAUAAAACUAUGUAGUUUUUACAUGUUAUUUUCAGGGUAGAAGUAUGUAUUUUUUAGGCAAAAAAUGAAUAUUUAAUACAGUCUUUGUAGUUAUGCUUCAAUAACUACAAUAAGUCAAUCAUAAGAGAUCUUAUAAUUUAUUGUAAAAUUUACUUUAAAUAUAAUGCAAAAUUUAAUGACUAA